UCUCCGUGAUGUCUCGUUCCCGCUCUCAGGGAACCGAGGUUACGAUAGUAACCGGAGCGUUUUUUUGUGACUUCUUUGAUAAGAUGUGGAACAGCAUUAGACAAGCGUCGAGGUGAGCUGCCGAGAAGCUGGACCGAGCUUGUGCUGUCGUGAGUUUUGACGGAGUCUGAUCGCCGAGAAACUGAACUGCGUGUCUGUGAUAUACCAGGAGGGGCAUUGCUCAUCGUGCUAGCUGAGACGGUGUGUUGGCACGAGUGUUCGUCUUCUACGGAAGGGAGCCGAGAUGCUGUGAGUUUUUCUUCACUGCUGUUUAACCACAGUUGAUAUUCUGAAGAAAUACGCGGACGUUAUUUGUUGUUUUUGAAGCAAAGCAGCUUGGAUCGAGUGAUUUGGCUACUGUCGUUCGAGACAAAAUCGUUUUUGAUACAAUAGUCCCGCCGUGUGGACACAAACGGCAUUGCGAACACAUUGAAGCUCUUCUUUUGACAAUAUGUUUACUUCUAUUUUUCAUAGUUUAUUUUUGGACGUUUUGCAGUAUUUUCACUUAGAGACUUCGAAAUUAUUUUUGGAUGGACUUGAGAACUGAUAACUGAGUUUACUUGAGUGAAUGAAUCCGAAUUACGGUUGUUGUUUUUUUUGAAGGGACUGUCUCGUCUACCGGAAACGUUCGUAGAAAUAUAUUUUUUCCCUUAUUAUUUAUUCCUGAACAUUAUUUUUCCUGUGUUUAAAGAAAAGGAAGAGACUUUAUGUUUUUGAACCGGUGGCUAUUUGUCUGAUCUAAUUACCCUGCCAUAUCUGGACACUCCAACACCAGCCCAGUUCUACUGUGAGGGAUAAAAAAGGAGGAUGAAGAAACAAAGCUGUACGAAGAGACAGCAGAUGGGGUCGUCCUCCCAUUCUAAACCUAAGAAGAAGAAACAAGCCAAGAGACAAAACUGCCCCAAAUCAUCCGCAGGACAAAAAAACACUCAAAACAAAUCUCAACUUCCUGUUACAUGUGGCUGUAAAGAGGGUGUCCUGUAUUUGAAUAAAUAUUAUGAUAAGCAGAAGUGCAUUUUCAGUGAGGGCCAGUGGUUCAAGCCCACUGAGUUUGAGAGGUUUGGGCUGAAGGAGAGGCACAAAAAGUGGAAGACCAGCAUCCUUUGCAAAGGGAUUCCACUCCAGAAACUAAUAGAGGAUGGAUUUCUUUUAUAUACAUCCUUUAAAAAAAGCAGGGUUCAGGAUGCAAAGGGGAAAAAAAGCCAUGUGGGUUUGGAAAAACAGGAAUCACCCGAUAAGAUCGAAGACAAUCAAGACGAUGAUGAUGAUGACGCUAUUGACAUGAACAUGUUUAAAGGUCCAGUCCUACCUGUUACCUGUGGUUCUGAUUCUGGCAUUCUACACAAAUAUCGAUUUUCCAAAGGGUAUUGUGGGAGAUGCAUAAGAACAGAGAACCACUGGCUGACGCCUGAGGAUUUCAUCAAAUUGAGCAAACCAGAUGGAACAUGGAAGAAAGACAUUCUGUCCAAUGGGAUGCCUCUUGGGAAGCUUAUAACGAAAAGCAUUUUGCAACCACAUACAGCCAACUGUGACUGUGAGAUCUGCCAAGAACCGGAUCAGAACCAACAGAAUGAUGACGUGUGUUUCGUGUGUCCCUCUGAGGGAGAUCUCGUGUGUUGUGAUGAAUGUCCACGAGCUUUUCAUUCACACUGUCACCUACCAUCUGUACAUGAAGACUCACCUGGAAGCCAGUGGAGCUGCACGUUUUGUGUGAUGAAGAUGAAAAGUUCCAGUCAAAAGACCCAACAGGAUAUUUUGAGCAGUCCAGUCUCUCAGUACACACUGCACUGCCAGUACCUGCUGUUACACCUGCUACACGAGAGCAUGACCGACCCCUGUGCCAAAGUUCCAGGAUUCAGUGAGAACAUCUGUGGUCCCAUGAUGCUGGGCAGAGUGAAGCUGAACUUGGAGAAUAAUGAUUAUCGAACAGUGCAAGAGUUUGUCUCAGAUAUUGAAUAUGUUUUCCACCACUGCACCGCCAAAAGGGAUAAUGACUUCAGUAGAAUGACCUCUAGGCUGACGGAACUACUUGAAAUCAUCUUUAAGCUGCUGUGACAUCACAUCUUAACAAAGAUGUCCUUUGUUGGACCUGGUGGUAACAUUUGUGUGAAUUGUACAAAUAUAACAAAAAUAAAGAAAGCAUAUUUAGACUUAAUAAAA